UAGGAAAAGGAAUAGCCAUGGACCCAACUUUGGAGCCAGAGCCUGGAGAUCUAAUUGAAAUUUUCCGUGGCAUGUAUCAGCAUUGGGCUAUGUACAUGGGAGAUGGAUUUGUGAUUCACUUUGCACCUGACUCUGAAGUCCAAGGAGUGGGGAAUAGCGGCCUGAAGUCAGUGAUGCACAACAAGGCCACGGUGAUGAAGGAGAAGCUCUCGGUUGUGGCGGGGUCUGACAAGUGGCAGGUCAAUAACAGCCUGGAUAAGAAGUAUUACCCCAGGCCCAUUGACCUGAUCCUGAAAGACGCAAGGGGGAUGGUGGGAGACGAGCGUCGCUACAAUAUCGCCUUGAUGAACUGUGAGCACUUUGUCACAGACCUGAGAUACGGGAAUGCAGAGUCUCGCCAGGUGUGUCAGGCUGUGGAUGCGGGGACUUACUUGCUGUCUUUAUUAGUUGCGGUUAUCGUUCUGGGUGCUCUGUUGGUAAAAUCCUUUAGAGAUAAAAAAAAAUAG